AUGCCUUCCCAAGUGGCAACGUGCUUGCGCAUCGCGCGCCAGUUCUCCGCUGAGCCGAUCAAGCAUCAGCGCUUCCUUGCCCGUAACUUCUCCAGCAGUUUCCGCCGCAGCGCAAUUAACAAGGUUUACCCCUCAGCCGAGGAGGCUAUUAAGGACAUGAAGUCGGACUCAACCCUACUUGCUGGUGGAUUCGGGCUUUCUGGAGUGGCAGACACACUUAUUAACGCUGUUAGGGCGAACCCAUCUAUUACUGGCUUGACAGUGGCUAGCAACAACGCCGGUGUGGACGGCCAGGGUCUGGGCCUGCUUUUGCAGUCUAAGCAGAUCAAGAAGAUGAUUUCCAGCUAUGUUGGCGAGAACAAGACCUUUGAGCGCAUGUACUUGACCGGCGAGAUUGAACUCGAGCUUACCCCCCAGGGUACUCUUGCUGAGCGCUGCCGUUCCGGCGGUGCUGGUAUCCCCGCAUUCUACACCCCGGCCGCAGUCGGAACUGUUGUCCAGACCGGCGAGCUGCCCCUGCGACACAACAGUGACGGCACCGUCAAUUUGUACAGUCACCCCAAGGAUGUCAAGGUGUUCGACGGAAAGCCAUAUGUGAUGGAGGAGUCUAUCAAGGGUGACUACGCCUUCAUCAAGGCCUACAAGGCUGAUAGACUCGGUAACUGCCAGUUCCGCUAUGCGGCAGCCAACUUCAACGGCGCCAUGGGCCGCAACGCCAAGGUGACCAUUGUCGAGGCUGAGCACAUCGUUGAGCCUGGUGAGAUUGAGCCCACUGCCAUCCACCUCCCUGGUAUCUACGUCAAGCGUGUCGUCCAGAGCACCACUGAGAAGAGUAUUGAGAAGUACACUUUCGCCAAGGAGGAUGGUCCCGACACCUCCGCCCUGGGCAAGGGUGACACUGCCGGCAAGCGCGAGCGCAUUGUCCGCCGUGCUGCCAAGGAGUUCAAGAACGGCAUGUACGCUAACCUGGGUAUCGGUAUGCCCAUGCUGGCUCCUAACUUUGUCGACUCCUCCGUCGAGGUGACCCUGCAGUCUGAGAACGGUAUUCUUGGUCUGGGUCCCUACCCCAAGAAGGGCGAGGAGGAUGCUGAUCUCAUCAACGCCGGCAAGGAGACCGUCACUCUCAACCCUGGUGCUUCCGUCUUCGGCAGCGACGAGUCCUUCGGCAUGAUCCGCUCUGGCCGUAUCGACCUGACUAUUCUUGGCGCUAUGCAAGUCAGUGCCAAGGGUGACUUGGCCAACUGGAUGCUGCCUGGUAAGAUCAAGGGAUUCGGUGGCGCCAUGGAUCUCGUCUCCAACCCCGCCGCCACCAAGGUCGUCGUCACCAUGGAGCACACUGAUAAGAAGGGCAACCCCAAGAUUGUCAAGCAGUGCGCAUUCCCCCUCACCGGCCCAUCCUGCGUCAGCCGUAUCAUCACCGAGCUGUGCGUCUUCGAUGUCGAUUUCGCCAGCGGUCUAACUCUAGUCGAGCUCGCGGAUGGUGUCACAGUUGAAGAGGUCAAGGCUAAGACUGAGGCUCCCUUCAAGGUCGCCGAUGACCUAAAGCCUAUGUUGUAG